GUCGGGCUGUCGGGGCGGGUCAGGCCAACGCUGGGCCCGGGAGGUCGGGCAGUGUCUGUGGAGACACAGUGAGCAUUCGGGCCUCAGCUGCCCGGCCCGGGAGUGGCUGCGGGUCGGGAUGACGGAUCCGCCCCAGCCCGGCACCGCCUCUCCCCACACUCGGAUCUCGGCGCGAUGUUGGGCCACAGGGAAGCAACACUUUGCGGCGCGGCUGCCGGAGCCGGGCUACUGGUGGGGCUGUGGCUGGGGCGGAAGUUACUUUCACGGCAGCAGCUGAGAACGUACAAGAGCCACGGUGGAGCCAAUGGGGAUCCGUUACUGAACUACCUGCUGCAGACAUCGCUGCGGGAACACCCGCUGCUGAAGAAGCUGAGAAUGCGCACCAUGGCACAGCCUGAAGGGAUCAUGAUGGUGGCCUGUGAAGAGGCUCAGCUGAUGGCAAACCUGGCCAGACUCAUUCACGCCAAGAAGGUUCUGGAAAUAGGGGUCUACACUGGGUAUAACACAAUGAACAUGGCCCUGGCCGUACCAGCUGAUGGCAGAGUUGUUGCGUGUGACAUCAACGUAGACUUUGUCAACAUUGGGAAACCGUUCUGGAGAGAGGCUGAAGUGGAUCAGAAGAUUGACCUGCGCAUUAAACCAGCUGUAGAAACCCUUGACGAGCUGCUCCAGGCUGGUGAGGCCGAGACCUUCGACUUUGCCUUCAUUGACGCUGACAAGGUGAACUACGGCCUGUACUAUGAGAAAUGCCUGCAGCUGAUCCGCAAAGGAGGGGUCAUUGCGAUCGACAACGUUCUGUGGGGUGGGAAGGUGCUGAGACCAGGAGAUGACAGGGACACGUUAAGCAUCGUUAAACUGAACGAGAAGAUCCACACGGACAGCCGGGUCAACAUGUCCAUGCUCAGCAUCGCUGACGGACUCACCUUGGUCUUCAAGCUGUAAGGACCGCAUCGUCCCGCCAUGACGAGAUGCCAUGGAUGAUGCAGGUCCAUGGAGCCCAGGCUGACCAACGUCACUGAACAGUCUGUCCAUGCAGCCCAACCCUCUGCCCCACUCAACCCAUCUCCCUGGACCCUGGCUCUAUCCUGUCCCCUCUUGUCCAGUCUGUCCCUACCUACAUCUAGAUGAUCUCAUUCCACCCCUCCAUUCCCCCUCAUCCCCUCCUCACCUCCUUCACCUUCACACCCAUCCCCCAUACAUCCUCACCCACUCCCUAUACCCCCCUCUUGCCCCACUCCCCCCCAAACC